AUGUUUGACUCGACCAAGGGUGCAUUGCUCGUGGCACCGUCUCUUGCAAAUAGCUCGUGUAGCUUGAACGGCAAAGGUUGGCCUUCAACGUUUCCGGCUACAGCAGAUAUCAUUAAAGCAUUCUUCAUAUUUGCCUUGUCUAUGGCCAUUGUCUUCUGUAACCUUGUACUUAUCUGUGUUCUAAACAAUCGAAGAUACAUUAAAUAUAUUGACAACCAACCAAGAUAUCUCCUUACUUCACUAGCACUGAACGACUUAUUCACUGGCAUUUUAAUAGCACCUGUCGCACUCUUACCAGCAUUAUACAAGUGCUGGCCCUACGGAGAAAUAUUCUGUCAGAUCCAGGCUCUUUUACGGGGAGCAGUGAGUCAACAGAGCGCUGUUAUUCUAGUGUGCAUGGCGAUAGACAGAUAUUUGUAUUUGCUUCAUCCGAGCACUUACCAUAAACACUCGAGCAAAAAGGGUUGCGUGCUAGUUAUAAGUAUAACGUGGAUUUUAUCCGUCUCCUUGUUUGCGGUAAUGGUCCUACCCAAGUCGGGUUAUUACUUUAACGCCACGGGUCUAAUGGCAUGUGACGUCUUCCACAGUCGAGUAGCAUUCAGAAUACUCUCCUGCUGCGCAUACUACUUCCCCACAACAAUGGCUCUAAUGUACUGUUAUGGAUCUGGUUUCCACGUGAGUAAAACGAGAGGAAAAUGUGACGAACCUCGACCCAACGGGCUUUCGAAGUCGUGCACAAAAACUCAUAUCGAUAUUGAGACAGUGCAAAUACAAGCGCCGAUAAGGCCGCAUAGCGUUAGCACAUCACGUACAAUGGCUGCAAUGUCUUUGGGAUUUAUUGUUAUGGUCACACCAGCGACUAUUCAAGAAGUGGUCGCCGCUUGCACUGGUUGUAAGGUUCCUCCUUCGUUGGACUUCAUCGUGACAUGGAUAGCGUUAAGCGAUAGUUUUUGGAACCCCUUCUUGUAUUGGCUUUUAAACAGCCAUUUUAGGCGGAUAAGCAAUGAUCUUCUUCAAUAUUAUAUUUGCUGUCGAAAAUCAAAAUCGUUCCCAGGCUAUGAAAAACCAACCGGCUGCUGUGGUUCCCCCGUAACAUCAGACGGGCUACAUUCAAAGGGCGAGUUCGAGGGACUCCGAGAGAAAUAUUGGGGAGAAAUCCUAGAACGUACAGUGUCUUCUAGUUCACUACAUGCAUUACAAAAGGCGUGCCAUAGAGAUCCUAUUCGGUGCACGGGGUCCUUCAAAGGUUACCACGGAUCAUGCAAGCAUGGCUCCAGAUUCUUUGAUAGCUACGGUCCAACUGAAUAUAGACAUUUAGAUAGAUCAGACUUUCAAAUAGAGUCAUGUUCAAGACAUUGCAGAUUAAAAAACUCCGAUAUCUGCUUAUUUAGACCGAGUGCGGCAUUUGAAUGCGGUCGUUCUAGGUCCAAUUUGAGCUUAGACGAAGGCAACUUCAGCAAAGUAUACGACGAUGACGACAACUUUCCGAAUUUAGAACACAACUUAGAUAGAAUACGCAGCUUAAGUCACGAGAGAAACUUCGCGUGCCCUAAGGAAAUGGAGAAUUUAUUGGAAGUCGAAGUGAAUGACUUAACUGAAAAUGAUUCCGAUGAGACUAAGGAAUAUAACGGAGCGCACGAGUGUUCGGAUGAUAAAAUAGAAUAUAAUGGGACGCAAAAAUUCUCGAGACAUUCUUCAUUAUCAAACAGGGAGUUAGAUGUUAUUAAGGAGAGUUCUAGAAGUUCGAGUGAUACUGAAGUGACUUUAACCCGAUGA